GCGGCGAGUCCCGCGCGCCGCCAUCUUAGCCCGGGAGAAAGCGAAGCGGCCGGUGCGGGAGGGGAGCGGAGCGGGCGCGAGGAUUCUCUGCUCACCAGCCUACGUCUCUCUGCUCCCGGAGCACCAUGAGCGCCGCCGCCGCCGGCCCCAGCUUGCUGCCCCUGCUGGAGACCCUGGAGGACCCGGCCGCCCCGCCGGGGGAGCUCACGGACGCACACCUCACCAUCGUGAAUCGCCUGACCGGGGAGGAAGGAAAAGAGUUCACUGCAGAUGUUGGAAAACACUUUUCUCGACUUUGUAAAGUAUUUAAGGCACACAUUUCUAGUCAAAACUCAGAGCUGAGCAGUGCAGCACUACAAGCUUUAGGAUUUUGUGUCUUUAACUCAAAGAUUACCUAUGAAUUAUCUGCAACUGAAAUACAAGAGUUACUUUCAACAGUGAACAGUGUUGCUGUAAAAACUUCAGACAAGAAUACACGCACUCGAGCCCUUUGGGUAAUCUCUAAGCAGACCUUUCCUUCUGAAAUUGUUGGGAAGGAGGUACCCAAUAUAAUUUCUACACUAGAAACCAUACUUACUAAAGGAGAUGUAUAUUCCAUGGCUGUUGAAUAUGAAGCACUAAAUGUUGUCAUACGUCUAAUGGAACAGACUCCAACCCAAAUGGGAGAAGAGGCUGUGAGGUGGGCAAAGCUGAUCAUUCCUAUGGUCGUCCAUUCAGCUCAUAAGGUGCAGUUACGAGGUGCCGCUGCAUUGGAGAUGGGAAUGCCAUUGUUACUUCAGAAACAGCAGGAGGUGGCAGUCAUCACUGAACAUCUUAUGACUACUAAAGUAAUUUCAGAACUGCAAAAGUUAUUUUCUGCAAAAAAUGAGACCUAUGUGUUGAAGUUGUGGCCUUUGUUUGUGAAGCUACUUGGAAAGACACUCCAUCGUAGUGGCAGUUUUAUCAACUCAUUGUUGCAACUGGAAGAACUUGGAUUCCGUAGUGGAUCACCAGUGGUAAAGAAAAUAGCCUUCAUUGCAUGGAAGAGUCUGAUAGAUAAUUUUGCUUUGAAUCCAGAUAUAUUGUGCAGUGCAAAAAGGCUGAAAUUGCUAAUGCAGCCAUUGAGCUCUAUCCAUGUGAGAACAGAGGCUUUGGCACUGACGAAACUGGAGGUCUGGUGGUAUUUACUGGUGAGGCUUGGACCUCAGCUGCCUGCCAACUUUGAACAGGUUUGUGUUCCAUUAAUCCAAAGCACUUUAAGUCUAGAUUCUUCUGUUGUACCUCAAGGAACUCCCUCUCGUGCAGCAGUCAAUCAGAGUUUAGCCACAGCAACGUCUGCACAGAAAUCAGGUUCUUAUCCAUUUGGAAGUCCAGUCACUCCAAGGAUAAACCUGAAUUCUAGUGUAUCAGGGAUCAUAGUGAUCCCCUCAAUUCAACUUUUGGGAAUUGAAAUGCUGCUUCACUUCCUGAUGGGGCCAGAAGUUUUGGCUUUUUCUAAGCAAAACAAACUUUUACUUAAUCUAGAGCCUCUUCAAUAUCCAUUGAUCAGUAGCCCUUCUUUUUUUUGUAAGCAUGCCAGCACACUCAUAAAUGCAGUUCAGGAAGGCUUCAUUGCAAUUGGAAAAGAGGUUCCAGAUGCCAUGCUAAAUAUUAUAUGGAAGCAUAUGAUUGAUUUUGUGAAAGCAGCUAUUGAAUCAGGCAAUAAGAAAGAAAGGCAAGGUUCAGAAAUGUUAACACUAUUAUUACAGGCCUUAAAAAACAUAGUUACCUCAAGCACUCUUCCUGUUCAGAAAACAUUGUCCCUUAUAGAAAUUACAAUUAAAGAAUUACCUUCAAAAGUAUUGGGAUCACCAGCAUAUCAGGUUGCUGACAUGGAUCUUUUAAAUGGAACACCAGCUUUGUUCUUAAUUCAGCUACCUUUCCGUGAUAAUCUGUUGGAAUGGUGUGUAACAGAUGAGAGGUUCUUCCUAAACUUGGAAGUCCUUGUGGGUUGUGUUUUGUCUGGCCCCACAUCUCCUCUGGCUUUCAGUGAGUCCGUGUUCUGCAUUAUUAAUCAGUGUGCAAAACAGGUGGAAAAUAAGGAACAUCUUUGGAGAAUGUGGAGUAUUGUAGUUAACCCAUUGACUGAAUGGAUUAACCAGACUAGUGAAGUAAAUCAGGGAGAUGCAUUGGAACACAACUUUAAUGCUGUUUACAGUGCACUGCUGUUACCCAUGAGCCACAUUUUCCCUAUUCAAGAAUUUCCACAGCCCACUAUGAAGUCCUUGUUGCGCACCUGGUCAGAGCUGUAUAAAACAUUUGCCCGCUGUGCUGCUUUAGUGGCAACAGCAGAAGAAAAUUUGUGCUGCGAAGAACUUUGUGCCAAAAUAUCUGGACUAGAAGAUGAAGCCCUAGUAAACCUGUCAAUGGUGGAUGGUCUCACCCAUAUUGUAUCAGUUAUGGUUGACUGCAUCAACUUUACACCAUAUGGUACUAAAUAUCAGCCAAAAAAUAGAUCCCCACAGACACCUACGGAUUGGUCUAAGAGGAAAAAGGAACCUCUUGGAAAACUGGCCUCCCUCUUUAAACUUCUAGUGAAGUUGAUAAACUCUUUCCAUAUGCUCAGUUCUAAAGAUACCCAGUCAGAAACAUUGAUCUCGGUUGGUGCUUCAGUUAUUGCUAUUCUUCACAACAUCAUCAGCCACGUUUCUUUGCCUUCGAUGAUCAGAAGUAUGUUUGCAACUCUGUCAAAACCACUUGCAAUGUUUUAUGAAAGAACAAAGCUUGCUGAUGUAUCUAGAGUGUACAGUAGUCUCAGCAACAAGUUAGAAAAGCUUUUGGGAGAGAUCAUUGUAUGUUUACAAUCCCACUAUACUGGAUUUUAUGAUAGCGACCUAUUAGAGCAGCUCUCUCCAUUGCUGUGCAUAAUCUUUCUGCAUAAAAGUAAACAAAUACGCAACCAAAGUGCUCAGUUCUGGAAUGCAACAUUUGCUAAAGCUACAGUGUUAACGUACCCUGAAGAAUUAAAAUCCAUAUUAAGCCAAGCCAAAAAGAAAAUUCUGCUUUUACUACCUGGCUUUGAAAGUGUUGAGUUAGUGGAAGAAUCCAGUGGUCCAUUUUCUGAUGCUACAGAAAAUUCCCAGUGGGAUGCAAAGAUCAGUGGAAUAGAAGUAAAAUCAGGUGGAAAAAGGGAUUCCUUGCUGGCACAGGCCAAUGGUCUGAAAGACAAGACUACCACUGCUCAUGUAACAACAGCAAAGCUGAAACUAGAAUUUUCAUCUUCAAAGACAAAACCAAGCGAGAUACUUCUGGAAGAGGAGAAAUCUGUUGAUUUUGUGGUUAUUCCUUUGGAAACAAAAGCAAGACUAUUGACAGAACACCAAAAAGAAGUUCUUAGGACAAAGAGAAUUGAUAUUCCUGCUAUGUACAAUAAUCUGGAUGCAUCCCAAGACACUGCCUUAUUUUCUCAGUAUUCUCAGAACCAGGAAGAUUCUUUAUUAAAAACAGCUUUAAUAGAAGAGCCGAAAGAAGAUCUUGAAAAGAAACCUCAGGAUGAGAGGACAAAAAGCAAUGUGCACAAUAGUACACAUGAAAUCACUGGGAACUGCAGAUCAAGUGAACCUCUUGAGAAUUCUGUGAAUAUUGAAGACAAAUCCAUCACUCAUGUUCCAGAAAGUUCAGAUUUAAAUUGUGAGGAGGAUUUAAAAAAAAGUAUAACAGAAAUGGUUGCAAAGGAGUCUUUAGUAGGAGAGGAUUCAAAAAAACAUGCAACUGAAACAGUUGCAAAGGAGCCUUCAGUUGGAACUGAAAACACUUCAAAUGUCAGCAGCAGUUCAUCUUCUAGUGAUGUUAUUUCUGGAACACCGCAACCUGCCAGCCGAAGACAGUCCUUUAUUACUUUGGAAAAGUUUGAUAGUUCAGAGAACAGACCCUUUAGCCCUUCUGCAUUGAAUAGACUAUCAGGAGCAUCUGGGACUGUUGCUGUUCUAGAUAAACAGGAAAGCAUAGAUGCACCAAAGACUCCCUCCAAAAUAGAAAAACCUAAAGAGGAGAAUAAAAGUUCUUCAAAAUCUGAAUUUGAAGGAACAGUUACUGGGUUAAAAAGGUUGAGUCGCAGGCAAAUUAAAACACAGCAUGGAGAAAUUAGGCAAUCCGAGUUGUUAACAGAUUUAGAACUGGAGAAAAGUAUACAGGAGUCUGUUGUUGCCACCCACUUGGAAAAUAAAUCUGGCACACCUAGUCAAACGGAAGAGACAAAAUGCAUUCUAGAUACUCAAACACAGGCUCCCAAUUCUACAGUGAUAGAGAGUACAACAAUAGAGCAUAAACAAAUUGUGGAUGGUGUAGAAGAGGAAGAAAAAUGUAAAGGAUCCAAUUUGGAUUCCAAAGAAAAUACACCUCCAGUGGUUGCUAUAUCUAUUGAUCAGAUAUCUAAUGAUGACAAUCAAGUUCCACAGAUGUCUCCUAAUCAGAAAACACUAAGACGUUCUUCAAGACGACGGUCAGAAAUUGCAGAAAAUACAACAGACAGUCAAGAUAAAGAAAACAGUCACCAAAAAAAGGACAAACGUAAAGAUGAUGAAAAGUCUUUCCAGAAGAGGGUGCCACAAAUUAAAGAGGAUGCAUCCAAGAAAUCUGUUUCUGAAAAAGCUGUAGAUGCAAAAGAAAAUGCAAAUAAAAAAGAGUGCAACUUUCAUGAGAAGACUGCUGCAGAAGACAUUGGCCCAAAGGAGUCACACACUUCAAGGAGUCUUCAAGAGGAAAUGAACAAAAAUGCCAAGAAAUCUGAAAGUGAUAACUUGAAAUCUGGAAUAGAUGAUGUUCAAGAUUCUAGUUCGGAUAUAACAAGCCAGAAAAAGACAAGGGGGCGCACCCGGUAUCAAACAAGAAGAGCUUCACAAGGAUUGCUUUCUAGUAUAGAAAAUUCUGAGUCUGAUAGCUCUGAGACAAGAGAAGAAAGUACCAAAAGGAAAAGAUCUGGAAAAUGGAAAAAUAAAAGCGAUCCUCUUCAAAGCAAAGUGAAAGAAGAAAAAGAGAGCCAAAAUCAGGAGCUGUCUUCACAAGAAAUAGUAACUGAAAUUAAGAAUCUGUCUGAAGUAAAAAAUAAAGGUGAAACAAGUUCUGAAGUCGACAAAGAUACUGUAUUGAUAUCUCAGACAUGUGAUGUGAAAAACAAAAAAAUGUAUACAGAUAUUAACGAAUCUACAGGAAUUAUAGAAGUGGCAAAGACUUCAGUUGGUGGGCAGAACACAAAUGUAGAACAAAAUAAAACCAACAUAUUGGGAGAACCCUUCAUGAACCCAUGCAUAUCUGAACCAGUUUUGAAAACAAAACAGGCAAAUAAAUCACUUGAUAAGCAAAGAAGUGUAGAAGGCUGUAGUGCAAUCAUUCUAUCUGAAUUUGCAGCAGUAGCUACUACUUCAGACUCUGUUCUUUCCUCUGAAAAACCUCUGCAGAUACUUGAGUGCCAGCACAAAAGAAGCAAGAGGAUGAGAAGAUCAAAGAGCUACAAUUGCUGUGGUGAAAACUCUCAACAGCAAGAAAAGUCAUUCACUGAAUUAAAAAAUGUAGAUAACCAUGCACAAAGUGAGCAUAAAAACACAUGUAUUCAGAUAACUAUGACUGCAUUAGAAACUUCUUCUAAUGAUUCUCAUUUUGAAGAAAGGCUGUCUGUGGAACCUUGUGCAAUGAGUACACCAUUGCUUCCCAUUAAGAAAUCUAGUUUCGCUAAGGAUUCAGAAAGAGGAAUAAAAUCUGAGAAUGAUUUGGAAGAAAAUGCUAUUCCAGUGGAGGAAGAUCUAGAGAAACCAUCAUAUAUCAAAAGUAAAACUUGUGACCCUGUCAUUGAGGAGCAAGAGCCAGAGCCCACCAAUCUAGUUGACAGUAUUGAACAGUGUUUGACUGACUGUGUUUCGAAAGAGUCCAUAGAAAGUUGUCUUCCUUUGGAGAAUGGCACAGAGCCAGAAGCUACAGAAAAGGAGGAAAUGAGUCAAAAUGAGCAAAUGGAGGAGAUAUCUGACGCAGAAACUGUUAACAAACCUGACCAAACAAAGAUAAAUGAGCCAAAACAUGAUCAGAAUGAAGCAGAAAAGACUGAGAACACUCCUAUAAAAGCAUACGUCCCUCAAGAUAGUGAGAUAAAGGAGGAAGGUUUAAUAUUCACUGAAACUGCAGUGGCAGCUACAGUGCCUGAAAAUGUAGCCUCAGACCAGGAGGGUGCAGAAGAAAGUGACAAUGUGGAUUCUCCUCAGAAACUGAAGGAGCUUGAUUCUGUAGCUUUGGUUAAGGUUAAUGAAAGCCCCAAUGAAGUGCAGACACGCUGCAUUUGGUCUCCUUCUGCUUCUCCAUCCACCAGUAUUUUAAAGAGGGGAGUAAAAAGACAUCAAGAGGAUGAUUCCCCAUCACCUGCUAACAAGAUUCGUCGAGUCUCUUUUGCAAAUCCAAUUUACCAAGAAGGAUUGGCAGAUGACAUCGAUAGGAGAAGUCCCGUUGUUAGGUGUCAUUCUUCUUCAAAUAGUUCACCAUCUUUGCGAAGUUUUAAAAUUUCAUCUAAUACCCAAGCCAAGCAUAUUACCACUCCAACCAAAGGACUUCUGUCCCCAGGAUCUCGUAACGCUAAAUUUAAGAGCUCAAAGAAGUGUUUAAUUACUGAAAUGGCCAAGGAGUCGCUGCCUUGUCCUACAGAGAGUGUGUACCCUGCAUUGGUAGGCUGUAAAGCUCCAGUUGACAUAAUUUUACCUCAGAUUACAUCAAACAUUUGGGCAAGAGGUUUGGGGCAGCUCAUUCGAGCAAAGAAUAUUAAGACAGUGGGUGACCUGAGUACUCUGACAGCAGUUGAAAUCAAAACUCUUCCUAUCCGUUCUCCUAAAGUUUCCAAUGUUAAAAAGGCUCUUAGAGGAUAUCAUGAGCAACAGAUGAAGGCUCGUGGAUUUGAUGAAAUUGCAGUCCUUGAAGACAGAGAGAAGGCAGAAAAUGUCAUAGAUGAGAAACAUUUUUCCACAGAUGAAGAAAGACUUGCAACUGAUUUGAGUGAACAAGUUGCUUUGAGCACAGAUAGACAGCCCACAACAGAUCUCUUGAGCCAGGUCAGUGCACUUGCUGCUCAGCUAACCUCUGAAGAUCUCCACAGUUAUUCGGGGAGCCAACUUUUUGAAAUGCAAGAGAAACUUGGUAGCAUGACAAACUGUAUUAUGAAAAAUUUGCAGUCCCGUUGGAAGUCACCACCCAAUGAAAGCUCUGUUUAGUCAUUUGUACUUGAAACACUUUUCAAACAGGAAGUUUUGAUAUACAGCAGUUUUUGAAAACAAGUUUUUUAUAUUUGACUGAUAAUAUGAAGUAUUCCAUAAAAAACUGAACAUUCAUGCAAUGGCAAACUUUUUAACACAGAGGGAGACAGUGUAUCAUGGUGUACUGCUUAAUUUUUUUUAAUUUGUGGGAUCAUUUCCAUGUUAAAAGUAUUUGUUUUAUAGCUGUGCAUAGUCUUUCAAGUAACUUAAAAGUAAACUUGUUAAGAUAUGCAAUAGCAAAGACUGUGAAACCUAAAUAAUAUCUUAAAUAUUUUUCACAUGUAAAGUGUUUUUAUUCCUGUGAAGCCUUAUUAAAUGUAAAAGGUUAUAUAUCUCAGAACUCUAAUUAAUUGAAACCAGAAAGUGUUGCUCAAUUUUACUGAAUGCUCCUGUGAUCUUUUAAAUUGCUGAUAUUUUGAGAAGAAUUCCGUCUGGUUUAGACCCUAUUUCAUAUUGAGAUGUGCUAUGCUUGACUAAUUCCUUACAGUAGUAUCUUUCACAUCUCAGUAAGGUCCAGUUGUCAAGCACCUGAGUUAGUCUAUUUUUGCAUGCAUUUUUAUAGACCUCAAAAGGUAAAGCUGGUAAUAGAAUUGGCUUAUGAGGUCAUAAGGGUUUGCUGCAGAACUUCAGGCUCCUUUCAUGUGCCCGUACAAUGUUAUGUGCAGCAGUGUUAUGUCCCACUGGAAGAAUCUUACACAGAAGUAGAUUUGACAUGCACAAUUUUGUAUAUUAUGUAUAGACUUAUGGUUGCAGAUGUUGGUUAUAAUUUAUGAUUUUGAAUUUUGAUUGCAUGGAAUGCACUGCUGCUUCUCAAAGACCUUGUUCAGUGAGAGUUCUUCGGUUUUACUUUGGAAAUAUAAUUUGUAUAUAAUGUACUGUAGAUUCCAGAAUGGACAGUCAUGUAAUGUGAAUCCUGCAGCUGUUUUUAGGACUUCUGUAUGUACAAAUAAAACAAUGAAUAGUU